AUGAAUGGCAGUAAACAACCUGGGCAACUUAAAGAUGGAUACACUGUGAAUGAUAUUAAGCAAUUAGUUAAAGAUAGAUUUGGUUCUGAUAAUUUUCGACUUAUUGUUAAUGGACAAGAAAUACAAGAUAAUGAUCCUGAGAAAUUUGCUGAAUUAAAGCAGUCUAUUAAAAAUAAUACAGUCAUCUAUGUUUGCCAACGAAUGGCGGGUGGAUCAGGUAUGGUCGAUAUAGAAUCACACAAGGCUACUAUUCUAGUUGAUCUUCAAGAUGAAUUACAUAAAAUUUCAACGCAACCAAAUAAUUCACUUAUGUGUUUGACUUGUAAACAAGUAUUAACACCAGAAAAGUUUUUUAAAACACCACAAUUCAUUCAAUCAGUUGUUGAACUACAUGAACCAACAUUAAUGGCACGGUACAUUGAUUUUCAAAUAUGUACAUGUGGUGCAUUUUCUAUUAAUAGUACUAUGUUUGCAAAACAAAAAUGUGAUAAUUGUAAACGAUGGUUCUGUUUUUUUUGUAAUUCUGAUUGGGAUGAAGAAGAGAGGAAAAUGUGUAAUGAAAAAUAUACGUGCAAAGUCAACUGUUUCUGGGAAACAAAGAUUUCUUAUCAAUUGGUUACACUAGCAUUUAAUGAAAGUAUGCAAGUACCAAAUCGACGAUGCUGUCCAAAAUGUUUUGAAUGUGGUUCAUAUGAUGAACAAUGCAAGUAUCAUAAAUGUAAAUGUGGCCAUACGUUCUGUUUCAUUUGUCUGAAAUCUGAGGAAGAUUGUCGACGUGAUUUUAACUCGACAUAUAAUCAACUAUGUGGCGAUGUAGCACAACAAUCAUAUACCAUAUUUCCACGUCUCUGUCCUGAUGAAUCCAUAGUUCCACGUCUCCAGUAUGUUGAACGCACAGUUCCACGUCUCCGUCAUUAUGAAUUCAUAGCUCCACAUCUCCGUCAUCAUGAAUCCAUAGCUCCACGUCUCCGUCGCGAUGAAUCCACAGCUUCACGUCCCCGUCAUGAUGAACCCAUAGCUCCACGUCUCCAACAUAGUGAAGAAUGUUCGAAGCGAAUUAUACCUGUCUCUACAUCUAAAUCAACAGCAACCAAUUUGGAUGAUAUGGAUAGUCAAACUGCUUCUACUCCAUUUCAAUUGAAGAACUUAGAUUUACACAAUACUUCAAACUUGAUAUUAAUAUCAAAACUUUCGUCACUAGAGAAGAUGCCAUCAUUGUCUCCAUCAAAUAAUUUAAAAGCAUCUACAAAUAAUUCGAGUCUUUUGUCGACACGCGAUAUUCUAGGUGUCUGCGGUCUAAAUAAUAUUGGCAAUACUUGUUACAUGAAUAGUGCUAUACAAUGUUUAAAUAGUAUAUCACAUAUAGUCGAAUGGGCUAUGAAUCAACCACGAUCAUCAACUCCUAAGAAUAUAAUCGAUAUUUAUGCUUCUCUAGUACAAUCAAUGUGGUCAGGUCAUUAUACAUAUGUCACUCCCCAGGAACUGAAAGGUUACAUCGGCCGUUUAGCUCCAAUAUUUUCUAAUUAUGGCCAGAAAGAUUCUCAUGAAUUUAUGAACUUUUUACUUACUGAACUACAAACAGUUGGCUCAACUUCAUUCUUUACUGAUCUCUUUCAAAUUCAUACUCAAUCAAAAACUACUUGUGAUAAAUGUCAACAUCAUGAUAGUAUUGAAGAAACAAGUACAUUUCUUCCACUUCCAGUUCCUCAAUUGAAAUCACAUGAUGAUGCUGAAGUGUUCUUAGAAGAUCUCAUUUCAGAUUUCUGUCAAGAAGAUUCAUUAGACGGGCAAUAUUAUUGUCAAAAGUGCAAAACAUGUCAAUCGGCACGACAUAAAACUACAAUUAUUCAACCAUUACCUCGUGCUCUCAUUAUCCAGCUUCAACGAUUUCCAUUUGAUGGUACAACUAGAAAGAUUAAUACAUAUGUUCAAUAUAAACUUGAAUAUCAAAAUUUACUAUCGGAUAAUGAUCGAUACGAAUUAUAUGCCGUUUCAAUGCAUAGUGGAAGUUUAGCCGGUGGACAUUAUACAACAACAGCACGAAAUUAUAAAAAUGAUCAAUGGUAUCUAUUCGAUGAUAGAUAUAAAGAACAAAUUAAUCCGGAAAGUAUUUUAAUUUCAUUUAAAGCGCAAGAAGCGAAUGAAGACAGUAUGAAACUAUAUAUUGCCAUAUUAUCCUUUUUACGUUUAUAUCAAUGGGAUGAUUUUGAUCUAUAUCGUCUUGAUCUAAUUAUAAAAUCAUUAUUUAACGAUACAUCGAAAGAGUCUGAAAGCAGUACAUCGACUGAUAUUGAUUGUAUACAAGCGUCUGAUACUUCCUUGAACUCUUUUGUAGCACAAUGUACUAAUUAUAUUCUUCUUAUUUUUAUUUGUUGUCUACUAUUUGUUGCAACUAUUCCACAGUCAAUAGCAGCAUAUAUAUCUGGUCGUCUAUUCAAGACACUUAAACGUAAUGAAACUGAAACUUCCUCGAACUCUUUUGUAGCACAAUGUAUUAAUUAUAUUCUUCUUAUUUUUAUUUAUUGUCUACUAUUUGUUGCAACUAUUCCACAGUCAAUAGCAGCAUAUAUAUCUGGUCGUCUAUUCAAGACACUUAAACGUAAUGAAACUGAAACUUCCUCGAACUCUUUUGUAGUACAAUUCACUAAUUAUAUUAUUCUUAUUUUUAUUUAUUGUCUACUAUUUGUUGCAAUUAUUCCACAGUCAAUAGCAGCAUAUAUAUCUGGUCGUCUAUUCAAUAUGCCUAAAUGUAAUGAAACUGAAACUUCCUCGAACUCUUUUGUAGUACAAUGGACUAAUUAUAUUCGUAUUAUUCUUAUUCGUUGUCUACAAUUUGUUGCAAUUAUUUCACGGUCAAUAGCAGUAUCCAUAUCUGAUCGUCUAUUCAAGACACUUAAACGGAAUAAAACUGAUAUUUUACCGCCGAUUACUUCUGAGAAUAAAAAGAAAAGAAAGAAACAUCAACAAAAAUCUAACAAACCUGGUCUAUGUGGUUUAACUAACAUCGGCAAUACGUGUUAUAUGAAUAGUGCUAUUCAAUGUUUAAGUAAUAUACCCAAAUUUACCAAAUGGGCUCAAGCACAAAAGUUACCAUCUGAUCAAAUAACUGUUACUCAAGCGUACACUUCAUUGAUAGAAUCAAUGUGGUCGGGUGACAAGUCAUGUCCCCCCACUAAUGAUAUCAAACAACGUGUCAGUCAACAUGCUCCAAUCUUUUGGAAUUAUGCUCAAAAAGAUUCACAUGAAUUUAUGAAUUCUUUACUUAAUGCACUGCAUACUGAAUUAAAACAAAAUAAUUCAUCAAAAAAACAAUCAUCUAUUGUUACCGAUCUUUUUCGCAUUCGAACAGAAUCCGCAGUAACUUGCUUACAAUGCGGUACUCGUGAUGCAAAUGAAGAGACAACUUAUUGUUUACCUUUAUCACUCGGAAAUGAAUCAGAAGUAUCUUUGAAUAAAUUAGUAAAUGAUUUUUUGAAAGAAGAGGAACUUGAUGGACUAUAUUACUGUUCAAAAUGUCAAGUCCUUCAAUCUGCUAAACAGAAAACUAGUAUUUGUCAUCCGUUACCACCAGUAAUCAUUGUACAACUCAAAAGAUUCACUUUCGAUGAAACAAAUGAAAAACUAAAUGCAUUAGUCAAAUAUCCACUUGAAAAUUGGAAAGUUUUAAAUGAUGACAACUCACUUUAUGAUCUUGUUGCUGUUUCUAUGCAUGCUGGUAAUUUGAAACAAGGACAUUAUACAACAUAUGCAAAAAAUGAUGGAGAUAAAGCAUGGUAUUCAUUCAAUGAUGAUAGAAUUUGCGAAAUUACAGAUGAAAAAGAUAUUAUAACAAAGAAUGCAUAUAUUCUUGUAUAUGUUAAACAGGUGUAA